UCAAAUUUCAGCUGUGCCUGAGACAAGCAAAAAUGUUGAGAUACAUUCAAAAAUUAAAAAAACCAAACUGAAGCCAAAAGUCCAGCCACAGAGAGUCUGAGGCGAUAGCAUGUCGCAGAAACGCGCGCCACCGCCAUUGAAUCCGCUUCAGCCAGUUCUCUAUAUUGAAUGCUGUCGCGCCCAUACCGACUACCGAAGACGCGCCACAGAGUUGCAUGCCUCACUGGCGGACGCGUUGCGCACACUGCAGCCAGAUAUGCAGCUGCAGCUGCGCUUGAACGAGAACGACAUGCCACGCCUCGGCUCAUUCGAGGUGGCCAUCGCAGCAACACCCACAGAAGAUGUCCAGGAGCGUCAAGUAUUGUGGACGGGCCUGGAGCGUGUGCCCGUCUCGGCCAAGGUGCCGCAUGUGGAUGACAUUAUUGCGCCAGCCUGCAUUGCCCUGAGACUGCGGCACAGCCAGGCGGGCAGCAGUAGCAUUAACCUGGUACGCACAAGCGAUGGCGACAUCACGAAAAUACUGCAAAGACGCAACCUUCAGUAGCUUCAGUUUCGGUUACAUUUUCUCACUCUUUUUUUUCUUGUACACUUUACUUGUAAAUUGUAAGUGCUAAAAUUGACAAAUUGAAUAAACUUGUGGCUGCAAUCAUUUUCAGUUUGUCA